CAACCUUUUCCUUUCAUCAUUCUAGUGAUGGAAGAAGUAAAGGGCCCCACCUCCUUACAUAAGGAAGAGGGCGUAGUCGAUUCAUCAAAAGUUGUGUAUUAUGAUGAAGUAACUAAAGAAGAAAUCUACCGGACCACGUCUACUACAAACCAUAUCGAAGACGAAGAAGACUCUCCUAUUGAAGAAGUCAGAAAUGUUGUGCCAAAUACCGAUGACCCCUCCUUACCUGUAUAUACCUUUCGCAUGUGGCUCCUCGGUAUCGCCUUCAGUUGUAUUCUUUCAUUUGUCAAUCAGUUCUUCUGGUUCCGAAACAGUCCAUUGAUGGUAUCGCCACUUGUUGUUCAGUUGCUUUCAUUCCCAAUUGGAAGGUUCAUGGAAAAAGUUAUUCCAUCCCACCCUUUCUUUAAUCCUGGCCCCUUUAACAUGAAGGAGCAUGUCUUGAUCACUGCUAUGGCUAACUGCUGUUAUAGUACUGCCUACGCCGUCGAUAUUGUCGUCAUCCAGAAACUGUUCUACAAUGAAGAUCUUGGCUGGGGAGGAGGUCUCCUCAUUAUCUGGACUACCCAAUUUAUCGGUUACGGUAUGGCCGGCGUACUUCGUCCUUACCUUGUCUAUCCUGCAGCAAUGAUCUGGCCCACAAAUCUUGCAAAUAUCUCUCUUUUCCGCUCAUUCCACGUCCUUGACACUAACUGGACUGGCCCUACUCGUUUCCGCUGGUUCCUUUAUACCUUCGCCGCCAUGUUUGUCUACUACUGGCUCCCUGGUUAUUUCUUCCAGAUCCUUACCGCGUUCUCAUGGGUUUGCUGGAUCAACCCAAAGAACAAGGCCCUCGCUCAGGUCACUGGUGCUAGCGGAGGCUUGGGUAUCUUUGCACUUGCUUUUGACUGGGCUACAAUUUCUUCCUAUCUUACUUCACCCCUUGUUGUUCCCUGGUGGGCAAUUGCAAACAUCUCCGUUGGUUUUGUUAUUGUCGCAUGGAUCAUCGCACCAGCCAUGUACUACGGAAACGUAUGGGACGCCCAACGCUUCCCCAUCCUCACAUCUACACUAUUCAACAAAGAUGGUGAAGUCUGGAACAAUAAGCUUGUCCUGACCUCAGAUAAUCUCCUUGACGAAGCUGCCUAUGCAGAAUACGGUCCCUUGAGAAUGACCACUUUCUUUGCUUUCACCUAUGGUGUUGGUUUCGCAGGUGUUACUUCUGUUCUCACCCACACCCUCCUCCACCAUGGCCGGGAGAUCGUUGAGCAGUUCAGACAAUCACGUACAGGAGAAGAAGAUAUCCAUCGCAAGCUUAUGCGUGUCUAUCCCGAAGUUCCCAGCUGGUGGUACUAUAUUAUCUUCCUCAUUUCUUUCGGCGUUUCUUUUGCUGUGAUCUAUGCUUGGCCCAUCCAUCUCCCCUGGUGGGGUCUUAUCCUCGCAAUGGCCAUUUCUAUUAUAUUCGUUCUUCCCAUUGGUAUCAUUCAAGCUAUUACUAACCAGCAACCAGGUCUCAAUGUUAUUACCGAGUUUAUCAUUGGUUACGCCCUUCCCGGUCACCCAAUUGCCAACGUCACUUUCAAGACUUACGGUUACAUUUCGAUGUACCAGUGUUUGACCUUCGUCAGUGAUCUUAAGCUUGGUCAUUACACCAAGGUACCCCCAAGAGCUAUGUUCUUUGUUCAGACUGUCGGUACUUUCUUAGCCGGUCUUAUCAACUUGGCUACUGCUCGUUGGUUGAUGGAAACUACCGAGAACAUCUGUACUCCAGAGGGCUAUCCUUUCACUUGCCCCAAUGCUCGUACUUUCUACUCUGCAUCCAUCAUUUGGGGUGUAAUUGGUCCCGGAAGAAUGUUCGGUGUUGGCUCCCAAUAUAGUGCAACUUUGUACUUCUUCUUGAUCGGAUUCCUUUUGCCCAUUCCCUUCUGGUUCCUUUCCAAGAGAUUCCCCGAGAGAAAGUGGUUGUCAUACAUCCACAUUCCUCUUAUCCUCAACUCCACUGGUAUGAUGCCUCCUGCCAUGCCCAUCAAUUUCUCUAUGUGGUGUGCUACAGGUUUUAUCUUCAUGUACUGGUUGCGCAAAUACCGCCACGAAUGGUGGUCCAAAUAUAACUAUGUCACCUCUGCUGCAUUUGAUUCUGGCACUGCCAUCGCUGGUCUCGUCAUCUUUGGUGUUGUUACUGGAUCUGGUUAUACCCCUGACUGGUGGGGCAAUGGUGGCUAUGGCGAAAAUGGCACAUUUGAUAAUUGCCCGCUUGCUAGUGCUAACGGAUCCUCCGUCUGUGCUAUCUGCUAAAAUAUUUACUCCCUUACUACUUAACUAUAAUUCCUAUUAUUUUUAUAAUACCUUUACUUAUUCCUAUUAUUCUACGUACAUAAAUAAAUAAAAUAAUUAAUUUAUAAAAUC